UUAAAAGUAAAGAGAACUGCCGUACACGUUGUUUUCUAGGAAACCCUCAGUCACGUUUGUCUCUACAGCAAAUAGGAGACGAGUUAAUCAUUUUAGUUUAAGAAAUGGACUUAGGAGACUUGUAGCGAAACAUGCCGGGGGGCUGGGAGCUUGGGGGCUGGGAACUGCCUUUGCCGUCUGAAGAGUCCGGAAAGGAAGUUCCCAGCGUACUCAAAGCAGAGGAGGAAAUCGCUAAGUUUACGGUUGAUGAACACCUAAGCGACGUAGAACGCACUGUACUUUAUCUAAAUGGUGGACAGCUCAUCCAGCAGCGUCAUGCAAUUGCCAACUUGCCCGCUGUCCUCAAGGGACGCGGACGGCCUGCAUUUGACGCUAUCUCACAGCCCUUAAAGGCUGCUCUUAAUCGGUUGGACUCGGAGGCCCAGAUUGCAACAGCGGAAGCAUUUGCGACAAUCGCACGCGAGCGAUUGCUGUCGCCAGUGGACCUGCAGGUUUGCAUCCUGCCAACCGUCACCCGAAACAUCAACCGGGAGAAAUCUGAAGAGGAGACGGACGCAUGGCUCAACACCCUCUUCGAGCUCAUCCCCUUGCUAGACAAGGAGGUGCUCAAAACGGAGGUGCUCUCGCUUGCACUCUCCAAAGGGGACGUGGAGGGCGUUGUAGGGUCGAAAACUAUAUGCGUCCGGAUCUUGGGCGCGCUGGCGCCACGGCUGACAUGGGAAGAAAUCGAACGGACGUUUUUCAAAAAGGCGCUCAGCAUGUGCCAGGACGUGGACCACCAUAUUCGCAUUGCCUCAUGCGGGCAGCUCGCCAGCAUAGCGCGCAUCGCAGGCAAAGACGUGGUCGCGAAAACCAUCCUGCCCGAGCUCUUUGAGCUGUUGAACGAUGAGGAGAUACAGGCACGUGUGGCUUCGCUCACCACGCUAACCGCCAUCCUGGACAUGGUGCCCCCGGAGGUGCGGAAGGGGCAGGUGAUGCCCAUCCUGCGCAACCACAUGCAGCCGCUGGAGCUGGACGUGGCCAUGCAGCGCUGCCUGGCGCGCAUGUUUGGGCAGCUCGUGACGGUGGUCAAGGUGGACUUUGAGCACGACGACUCGGUGCUCUUCUUCUCCUGCUUCAAGCACCUAGCCACCAAAUCAGACGUGGAGCUGCGGCGGCUGUGCGCGGGGCAGCUCCCCGCCGUCCUCCGCGCCGCCACCGCACUUGCCGCCGCCGCCUUCUCGCAGCAGUUCCAGGACACGCUGAACAGCCUGGCCACGGAUGCGGAUGUGGAGGUGCGCAAGACGGUGGCUGGGCAGCUGCAUGAGGUGGCGCGGGUGGUGGGCAAGGACUGCCCGGCGCUGCUGACGCGGCCGCUGUGCCGGCUGCUGCGCGACGAGGCGCCGGCGGUGCAGUCCGCGCUGCUGCCCACGCUGACGCAGUGCCUGGUGCACUGGUCCAUACGAGACGAGUCGCGGCGGGAUGCGGCGAUGGGUGAGCUGGCGAAGGCGCUGCUGGAGAUGGAGGCGGCGACGAAGCGGAACUGGCGCAUGCAGCAGCAGCUGGCGGUGGCGUUCCCGAUCUUCCCGCAGAUCUUCUCGAGCGACCAGGUCUUUGAGCACUUCGUGCCGGUGGUCUUCCGGUACCUCACGGACACAGCAGCAGCGGUGCGGCCGGUGGCGGCGGAGGGACUGGUGUGCUUCAUGCGCUACAACAGGCGGGAAAAGCAGCGCGCGGAGAUGCUGCUCCGCAUCAUCCGCGACUACUGCCGCGGCCGCUCCUUCACCGCGCGCAUCACCUUUGUGGACAUCGCCACACACCUGCUGCGGCGCUUCUCCUCGCGCUUCAUCAAGGAGUACAUCUUCGAUCUGGUUCUGGAGCUGCUGUACGACCCGGUGCCCAAUGUACGGCUGUCCGCCACGGCGCUGCUGCCGGUGCUCAAGACGUGCAUCAAGCUGCCGGAGGAUGUGGACCUGUUGGAGCGGCUGAACAGCGGCAUGUCCAACAUCAUGACGGAUAACGACCGGGACGUAUCGCAGAACGCUCGCGCCAUGAACGAGCAGUUCAAGAAGACCCCCAUGCGCAUGGGCGGCGCGGGCGGCGGCAUGCUGGACAUGAACGGCAACAUGGGCGCUGCCUCGCCCUCGGCGCUGGGCUUCGGGCUGGGCGCCUCUCCGGGCUCCAUGGAGGCGGAGGACCGGCGCAAGGAGGAGGAGGAGCUGGAGUUCACAUUCUCACAAGACGACGUAAAGGAGAUCAAGGGUGAGAUCCUGCAGGUAGGGCCCAUCAAGAACAAGGGCCUGGGCGCGGGGCCGCUCGCCAGCAAAGGCAGCGUGCAGCGGCGGCCGGGCGGUCUCACGCCCGUCAGCGGCUACGACCGCACCUCGUCCAACAUCGCCAGCCGCCAGGGCUACCCACCUCGCCGCCCGGGCGCCGGCAACGGCAGCGAGGACGGCUCGGGCGCACGGGCCACGGGCGUCACCACGCUGGGUGCCGUACGUGCCCCCGCCAGCGGCGCCGGCGUCAGCGGCCCCGGCAGCCGCAUCGCCUCCGCCGCCAGCUCCGCCGGCGGCGGCGGCAAGUCCUACGGGCUGGGCGGCCCCGUAAGCCUGGCCAGCCCCGUCAAGGGUGGCCCCUCCAUGUCGCGCAUCUCCUCCAUGCCGUCCCCCAUCACCAAACCCAGCUCCCCGCUGCUCGCCAGCACCCCCUCGCCGCCCUCCUCCUCCGGCUCCGGCUCGCAGACCGGGCUGCGGCUACCCGCCAUCACCACCCGCUCCUCGCCCUCCUCGUCACCCUCCACUGCCGGCAUGGUUACCAAGCCGGGCAGCGGCGGCGGCAGCAGGCUGACGGGGGCGGGCGGCGGCAUCGGAACAGCGUCCAUGGCCAAGGCCUCCCUCACGGCGGUGUCUAGUGUGGGGAGAAAACCGAAUCGGUGACUCCCAACGGUCCCGCAGGCUGUGACCAGUAACCUGGCUCCGGGGCGCUCCCCACGCGGCGAGCGGUGACCCUGGCGGCCUGCGGCAUGGGGGGCGGGUGUCGUGGGGGCCGCGCUGGAAGGGAGCUGGGAAGAGGGGCAAGGCGUAGGGGGAGAUUGGGCGCGCGUAGGAUAGCGACUAGCGGGUGCGUGCAGGAGGUGUAUGUUGGGUGAGUAGAAGCACCGUAGCUACAGCGUAUAUUGCCCUACUGCGCCAAAGCGGUUGUGGGUUUCUCGGCCUUGACUUCCACGUCGCGCGAUGAUUGCUGACGGUGUAACGGAUGAGUGGGAUGUGUUGGCACCUGGGGGGUUUUGACGGAUGCCUGUCGUACGCAAGUGGUGUGCGGCUUGCGUGGGCGGGCGGGUGGAUUGCUGCGCAGUUGGGACGUGCCGUGGUUGGGCGUCGGAUGGGCGCUGCAUUACCCGUAAGACUGCUGUAAAGGGGUUAAGCUGUUGGUUUAUGAAUCGUUUGCGAAGUAUGUUGACAUGCGUUUCGAGGACCUCGGGAGGGAUGGCUGACGGUGUCUGCGAACAAUACGGGCAGGUGGUGGAGCUUUGUCGUACGUGCAGCUGUGAGGUAUGUGGUGAGGAGGUACCGGUAUCCAGACAAAUUCAAGUGGUCUGCACAGCACCCGCAACUAAAACAGGGGUGUCGAAGUUAUGAGACGUUGACCGCAUUGGACUCUUCCCUAGAAUGUGUGUGUGGCGAAUCUGCACCACCGGCAGGCAAUCCUGCAUUGCCGCGGGCCCUGCAACACCCAAGCCCUUUGUCGCUGUGUUGGCUAUUGGUGCACGCAACGGUCUGCACGGCUUGAAAUAAGGCCAUGUGUUGUCUGUGCUAAUAGCCGGAGUGAGACGGCUGUUGUGUGGUGUCGUGGUGGUGGCGGUGGGCAGCAUGGUGACAUGGGUUGGCACAAACGGAGCCCAUUGGCGUGUUCUAGUUGGCAGGACGGACUCGGACGUACGCUUGGACUGGUAGUAACCAUGUGCAUUAUUGCUUUGACUCGCCUGAGGACGCCUCCCACAUAAACCAUGAACUACGACGUCCAUGGAUCCAUGUAGGGCUGUGUACGGCAGGUGCGCGACGUUUGUGCUCGACCUUUACCUCGCUUGUCGGUUAUGGCAAUUGCUUCUGCUAGCAUGGAGUCUUUACCUAGACGCUAUAGUUAUCAGGAGUCGUUCACCAGCCUGACUUGGCGCGACUGCAAACUAUAAACGACCGAGACAUUACCGUCAUCUGUAAUACGAUAUGCAAACUUAGGAAUAGCAUUGUCAAGUUGCCAUGUAUUCUCGGGCGUCGCUCGACCCCGGUGGAAUGACAAACUGCCGAAGAGUUCAGUGCUCGGGGCCGGGACGAUUUGGGUCCGUGUUCCAGACAACCCAAUUGAGGGUACCUAGUCAGCAUUGCCUGGGAGUAGUCAAUAACAGGAAUGUGUGCGCAUUUCGGGUAGUUUCGGGUAACGGCAACACCGAUGAGGGCGGCCAUUUGCGGAGAAAACAAGCUCUGACGCCCCAGACAAGUUCUGCUGUCAAUCUUGCAGCAAAUGUCGAGCGACGCAUGGAGAGCGGGCGGUUAAUUUUGGAGAAGGCGCCUCGGCCACCAAAUGGCGUAAACAUAGAAAGCUUUAGAAAAAGGCUUUUGGCACCGCCAGCCAACGACCAACUUCCUAGGUUGAACGCUCUCAUCGUCGUCGAGGGUUUUAACGACUGCUUCGCAGUCCACCGAGCGGUCCGGGCACCGGUCUUCGUGCUCGGCGGCGGUUAUGCACUUGCGGAUAAGAUGAAGACCGAGCUGGGCUACCUGCGGACCCUCGCGGCCUCCGGGUCGCUACCCAGACAGCUGGUGGUCUUCACCGACCCAGACUGGCAGGGCCGCAUGUUCCGAACCUACUUGGACGACCAACUGCCGCUACAACCACCACCACCACCACCGCAGUCCAAUCCCGUUAGUGGCUCCACACUAAAGCCAGUAGUCGUGCGCCCGCCUGCACCGAAGGUGGGGCAACGGCAAUCCAGCGAUGGUGACGACCCAACAUCGGAGCCGGUGCCCAUGAAAGGCGCUGGGGUUCAGGGGCCCGUUGUCGUACGACAUGCCUUUCUGCGAGUGGAGCUGGGCACCAGUGAGGAACGCAACAGGAACCACGAGGCGGGCAACGUCGGUGUGGAGCACGCUUCUCCCGACACCAUCCGUGCCUGCCUGCGGCGCGCCCGACCCGGUUUCGGAACCAGCCGCAAGGAGUUUAGCGUUGAGGAGCUUCGGGUGGCGGGCCUGGUGGGCAGCUGGGAGGACAAGGCGCAGGUGGCCGGACCCAAGCUGCGACGCGGCCGCUUCUGCCGCGCCCUAGGCAUUGACGAGGUUGGCUCGGGUAAAGCGCUGGUCAACCUGCUUAACCGCUUUUUCACGCGGGAGGAGUACGAAGCAGCCCUAAAGGCUGCAGACGAGAGCAGCUAGGGCUGUGGCUAGGUUAAGCCUUGGGAAACCUUGAAAACCAUGCACCCACGACGUGGAGCCAGCGGCGCUAGGAAGAGCUCUUUGUGUGUGGUGAAGGAAUAGUGGAGUUCAGCCUUCAUGGCCAACUGUGGACAGAUAUGUGACGUAGGAAUUGGCACGGGGUUAUGAGGUUGCCGCCGGUAAUUAAGGGUCUUUAACAAGUUGGAUGUUAUAUAAUAGGGCGUGCGUAUGUGUUCAUGCAUGAAGAAUCCUUACCCAAUCGUGGAGUAGCUUUGGGCUGAGGCUGCUGAGCGGCGUGAGUGCAACAUGUCCAUGCUCCUGUGCGCAACGGCCUCGUGGAUAGACUGGAAACCCUACGACCGCGGCUAGCACGCCGUUAUAGCCCUAGAGUGCCAAUUAAAAUUGCGUUGUUGUCCUUUCCUUGGCUAUCCGCAAGCUUUCUUGAGCGAAGACAUGCAAUGGCUGUUGACUGCUAUCUUGGAGCAGCCAGUUAUACACCUUGCCACACAAAAUGGGGUCCCCGUCUAAUGGAUCUUAAGGCUAUACGGCUACUCAUACGUAUUUCACUUCGGGUACUGUACGGACGCCGAGAGUUAGACCUCUUGCCUUGACCUAGUCUGCCUGUGAGGCAGUUGUACAUACCAUACUUACCCUAGGCUUGCUUUACAACCCCUCAAACCGUCUUUGGGGUUUAACCGGCGCGCGCUAGCACUGCCAGCUUUCUAGGUGUUUCAGAGUCUUAGGCUGUUUUCCCACUGUAUAGUUACUCAAAACUUUGGUAUGCAUCGUGUUGGUUUGGAGUCUUGUUAAGCUGCUGUUACACGGGAGCUGCGCUGCAGGUCCUGCUGGGCCAUGUUCAACUCCCAGACCGGUUGUGUCAGCAACUUUAUUGAGCACGAUGGCUGCGCCCGCACUGUUAUCGUGCUGCUUUUGCUGACAACCGUCGGGUGCAUUAGCUAUACCUGGGGGUACUACGAGGGCAUCGCCAAUGCGCAGAGCAACCUUAUGCUAGACAAGCUGCAUGAGAUUCAGCUCAUGAAUAUGGCAAAAGAGAAUGCCACAAGCACCAAAAAGCAUAUAGCGGGGCACGGGAGACACCUUUCAGAGAGCCAAUCAUCGG